AUGAGCAGUGAGAGUACAAUAAAAGUGAGCUAGGUGACUACUACCAAAGGCUAUCCUUUCAUUGAGAGAGUUCCCCAGCGAAACCAUCGUUGUCAGUCCUGAGAAGAAGAACUCCUUAGUUAGUAGUAGACAAAAUAAUGGCUUCAAACGGCAGCUGCAGGAGUCAUGAUGUCAUGUGGCAACCUUCCUCCGAAGAUAAGACAAAGAUGGGUCAAUUUCGUAUCCGUGUCAACCAAAGAUAUGGGCUGAAUCUCACCUCCUACGAUGACCUGUACCAAUGGUCUGUGAAGAAUUACUGUGAAUUUUGGAAGGAAUGUUGGGAGUUUGUUGACAUAAAGUGUUCCAAGUCCUACGACCAGGUAGUCGAUGUAACAAAGGGUGUUGAUGAUGUGCCAACAUGGUUUGAGGGUGCUCUAUUAAACUUUGCUGAGAAUUUGCUGCGUUACGAUGAUGACCGCGUUGCUAUAUAUACUGCAGGUGAAAGAAGAGAUGUGGAGCAAUUAACUUUCAAGCAGCUCCGAACAAACGUAACAAAAUAUGCUGCAGCUAUGAAAAAGAUGGGCAUCAAGAAAGGGGACCGAGUUGUAGGUUACAUAUCCAACUGCCCUGCAGCAGUGGAAGCCAUGUUGGCUGCAGCUAGUAUAGGAGCAGUAUGGAGCUCAACGUCACCUGAUUUUGGUGUGACGGUAUGUGUGAAUGAUAUGGGACUGAGUGAAAUAUUCAAUCACCCCCUCUAUAUCAUGUAUUCAUCAGGUACUACAGGAGAGCCUAAAUGCAUGGUUCACUCUGCUGGAGGUACUUUAAUUCAGCAUCUUAAGGAGCAUAUUUUGCAUGGUAACACAACAAGAGAUGAUACAAUGUUAUAUUAUACCACAACUGGUUGGAUGAUGUGGAAUUGGCUAGUAAGUUGUCUUGCUGUUGGUGCUAGCAUUGUCCUCUACGAUGGCUCCCCUCUGCUGCCAACUGCUAACGUCCUCUGGGAUCUUGUCGACCAAAUUGGAAUCUCCAUCUUUGGAACAGGGGCUAAGUGGUUGUCGGUUUUGCGAGAUAAAGAGGUCCACCCAGCUGAGACUCAUAGUUUGAGAACCUUGCAUACCAUCUUAUCUACUGGUUCACCUUUGAACCCUGUCUGUUAUGAUUAUGUAUAUGAACAUGUGAAAAAAAACCUUCUACUUGGAUCAAUAACAGGCGGCACAGAUAUCAUCUCCUGCUUCGCUGGUCAGAACUGGGCUGUACCGGUUAUUCGAGGGCAAGUGCAGAGUCGGAACCUUGGAAUGGCUAUUGAAAGUUGGAGUGAUAGUGGGGAGCCUCUGCUUGAUUGCAGUGGUGAGUUGGUCUGCACUAAACCUUUCCCUUCACAGCCUACUCACUUCUGGAAUGAUGAGGACUGUAUAAAGUACAAGAAGGCAUACUUCAUUAAGUUUCCGGGUGUUUGGGCUCAUGGAGAUUUCUGUACAAUUGAUUCAAUCAGCGGGGGCAUCAUCAUGCAAGGAAGAAGUGAUGGAACAUUGAAUCCAAAUGGUGUGAGAUUUGGUAGUUCUGAUAUAUACUCUGUUAUUGAGCCAAUGAUUGAGAUAGAUGACAGCCUAUGUGUGCCUCAGUAUAACCGUCAUCAGGAAGAGAGAGUGAUUCUGUUUCUAAAAAUGGCCAAAAAUUGCCAGUUCAAUGACCUCAUUGUCAAGGCUGUCAAGAGUAAAAUCAGACAAGAAUUAUCAGCACGACACAUUCCCGCCAUAAUUCUUCAGACUGAAGAUAUUCCCUACACUUUAAGUGGGAAGAAAGUUGAAGUUGCUGUGAAGAAGAUCAUAGCUGGCGAGAUAGUUGAAAGCAGAGGCGCUUUUCGCAAUCCUGAGUCUUUGGACUUGUACGAAAACCUUAUAGAAUUGCAAGGCUUUUAAAAAUGUGACCAGGUUUUUGAUGAGGGGGAGGUCCUGGUUUAAUCUCUAUACAGGUCUUUCAGUUUGUGCCAUUUUGGCAUGGAAAUUCUUAAUAUACAGUAUUUGGAUAUUUUGGAAGCCAUCUUGUGGCAAUGCUUCAUUCAAUAUAGUGCAAUUCUACUGAAAAAUGUAACGAUUCUUGUCCCAGAAACAUGUGCCUUUUUAUCAAUUUUAGAAUUCAAAUUUAUUUAAUAAUUUGAGAAUUACUGUAGGUUAUACGGUAUACCACCUGGUACCCAUCCGUUAUUAUUUAUUGUAAUGUAAUGUAUUUAGAUUUGUAUACCGCUUUAUACUGAAGUCUUAAAGCGGACGAGGCAUUAUGACCUACCUCGUACUGUAACUUCCUUCCUCAGCUGCCCGGUGUUGGCUACUCACAGUUAUUAACAUCUGUUUAAGUCAAUGAUAAAAGUAAAGUCAUUUUUCAAUGAUUUCUUGCUAUGAAAAUUGUUUUCUGGCAGGUAUUUUAAAGGAUAUAUAUGAAAUCACUAUAGAAUAGAUUAUUUAAACGUCUGAAUUGCUCAACAAAAGCAGUCAGAUGAUUAAUAUAAGAUUUAAACAAUACAUCAUAUUGAUGCAAUAUUUAUUCCUAUUGAAUCAAUAUUUCAUCAUAUUGGUGAAGAGUUCUUUAUUUUAAAAAUUAAGUUUAUUUCAAUAAAGUUGGUAUAGAAUAUUUAAA